UAUAAGGGGCUAGGACUACUGCGCUUGGCCAUUCUUCUUCAGGCUAAUUUAUAUAGCAAAUUUUAUUUUAUGGAUCGUGAGAGAAAUCUUCAUUCUCUUCGUUUCUCUCUUCAUCGUCUAUCACUAUGGCUGCCCAGAAAGGGACGCUUUACUCGUCAAUCAUAGAUGUCAAAGGAAAUGGCUUCCUGGAUAACAAUCGGAGCAAAGAAGCUGAGAAGCCAAGUUUCGCUGACCUUCCACUAUGCCUCUUGGAAGUAAUAAUAUCUCAACUUGUCUUAAAAGAUAACAUUCGAGCUUCCGCUGUCUGCAGAACAUGGCGUGAAGCCGGUCUAUAUGUCCGGUUGGUAGACAAGCCGCCUUGGCUUAUGUACUUACCUAAACGUGGCAACUUGUUCGAGCUCUAUGAUCCAUUGCAACAGAAGAUGCACACACUUAAUUUACCAGAGCUAGCGAAAUCCACCGUGUGUUACUCGAGAGACGGAUGGUUACUUAUGCGCAAAACUGCUUCAAACAAAAUGUUCUUCUUCAACCCGUUUACUCGUAAGCUCAUAAACUUGCCAAACUGUGAGUUAUCAUAUGAUGCGAUUGCUUUCUCCUGUGCACCUACAUCUGGUACUUGCGUGCUAUUAGCGUUUAAGCAUGUUCGUUAUGGUGUCACCACUACGAGCACUUGUUAUCCCGGAGCAACGGAGUGGAUUACGGAGGAUUUAAAUUUCUUUCUUUCUUAUGGCCACGAUAGUCUCAAGCACAGCAACGUUGUCUAUGCCCUACGUCGCUUCAAUUGCCUUGAUGGCGAUGGAGGCUUAUAUCACUUUGAACCGUCUACUCGAGAGUGGAGGUAUGAAACGGUAAUUCUACCGGAUUGUCCUUAUAUCUCAGAUAGAUUUAGGUACGAGUAUGAGCGUAAGAAGAAGAGAAUUUUGUUGGCGGUGCGAAAGGGAGAGUUCUUUAAAAUAUUUACAUGCGGAGGUGAGAAACCGAUAGUGUAUAAAAUGGGCUUUAUAAAAUGGACGAAGAUCAAUAGUAGUACACUCGAGGGCUUAACAAUCUUUACGAGUCUUUAUUCAUCUGAGAUGAGAGUCAAUCUCCCAUGGAUGAGGAAUAGUGUUUACUUCCCAAAGCUUCGUUUUAGUUGCAAGUGUUGUGUAUCGUAUUCGUUCGAUGAAGAAAGGUUUUAUCCGCGUAAGCAGUGGCAAGAACAGGAGGAUUUAUGUCCACUUGAGAAUCUUUGGAUUAGACCGCCCAAGAGAGCACUAGACUACAUGUGAAGCUAAAGCAAUUGCAAAACGUGAUGAGAGCACCUCUCAUUGUGGUGGAUAUUGAUUAAGAUCAUCACAUUUAUCCUGUGACUUGACUCUUUUCAUUUUAAAUUUAUUUAUGUACUUCAAUCUUUUUUUCAUGGUUGAACUAUUUUUUUUAUCUUGAUGUUGACUGUAGACCUAGAACA